GCCAUUUUGACUCUUCUCUGCAACUGAAAACUCCACGAAUUUCUCCUCCUUCCUCUCUAAAAUAUUUUUCUAACCAUAUGGUAAUUUCUAAAAUCCUAAAACCAGAGAAGAAGAUGAAUCCAUCGUCUGUAAAGUACAGCGAGCAUAAAACAGUUACUAAUAAGCUUGUUAAAUUUAAUGACUCAAACGCCACGAGAAUAGUGCGAAUUUGUGUUACAGACGGAGAUGCAACUGACUCGUCGAGCGAUGAGAAUGAGGAAUCAAGGACUCAUCAACGAGUUAAGAAACACAUAAAUGAGAUUCGAAUUGAAGAUUGUGUUAAAUACAGAGCAACUGAAAAGGGAGAAGUAAAAUUGGGCUUUAAUAAGCAGCAGCAGCAAAGGAAAAAUACCAGAGAUCAGCGUUAUUAUCCGGAGGGUAAAAAAUACCGUGGUGUUCGACAAAGACCAUGGGGAAGAUUUGCAGCUGAAAUUAGAGACCCAUCCCGACGAACGAGAAUAUGGUUAGGGACUUUUGAUACUGCAGAGGAGGCUGCAAUGGUUUAUGAUAAAGCUGCUAUACAAAUUAAAGGGACGAAUGCUUUGACCAAUUUCAUAAAACCGCCGGUGAGAAGUCCUCCACCAGAUGUUGAUAUUACUAAUGGGUAUGAUUCUUGUAAGGAGGAGACUCACAGUUUAAGCUCUCCUACGUCUGUUCUUAGAUUCCAAUACAAUGAAGAAGGUGCAAAUGACGAGAAUUGGGAAUCAGAUCAGGUAAAACAGGUAAAAGAUUGGAGACAACCCGAAGAGCUAAGGGAAGAUCUUGCCGGUGAAGAUUGUUUGGCUAAUUUGGGUUUGGAUUUUGAUGAGUUUUUAGAAUUUGAACAUCAUGCUCCAAUAUUUUUCGAUGAAUGUAGUAUACCUGACACUCUUUUAAGAAGAGAUGAUGUUGCAGAUAUUUCUUUUCAUUUAGACCCAGAUUUCGGGUCCGUUUUUGGGACGUAGAUCAGUAUUUUUGGGGGCUAAAGAUUGCAAAUUUGGGUGUUUGGUAAAUUCCGAGUGGAGUUUUGGAUAGUUUGCUUUGCUUUCGUUUGCUUUUUUUUUUUUAAUAUUUAUUUUUUAAGUUUAAUCCAGGAAGGUGAUGGAUGUGUGUGCAAAGUUUUGCAAAUGCUAAUUUAUGUAAGUGUAGCCAUAAUUUUUUCUUUUUA